GAGAGAGAGAGAGAGUGAGCAUCUCUCCCUGUGUGAUAUCUAACCGAUCUGCGACCCCCUCGGGUCUUAUCAUAUGCAUACUCUCUCUCUCUCUCUCUCUCUCUCUCUCUGAGCUAUGAGCUCCGUCUCAUUUGAAGCUAAUCACUUGGUCCCACAUUCGCACGUGCGCUAUCUGAUCACCCACUAUCUCUCACGUGCCACUGCUGCUGUCUCCCCCACACCCUCUAUUCUUCUGUGUCCUCUCUCUCUGAUCUGCAGCUUUACAGCGUUCCUGAUCUCAAGGAUUUUAACCCCAUUGGUGUGUAACAAAGAAACCAGACCCCUUUCACUCCUCACUGUCUCUCUCCCUGUUUGUCUCGAAAAUCCUUCUUCUUCCUAUUCUUUUCUUGUUCUCACGACAAAGAAUAUUUAAAUAGUAGAACCAGCAAAUCCAUCCUGAUUCACGUUGUAUACACCAUAAACCAUACACCAUACCCACCUAGCUAUAACAGCCAUAGGAUAACGCUCUUUCAUACGAACGAGAGAGAGAGAGAGAGAGAGAGAGAGAGAGAGGGACAGAGAGAAAUGGAGAUUGGCGGGAACAUGAUUGGUCAGAGCAACGUUGAAAGGGGGCAAAAUGCUAAUAAUGCUAAUAUUGGGUGGGAUAUCUGGGAGCUUAAUACUUCGAGGAUGGAUUGGAGUGGUGGUAACAGUACGUUGUACACCGCCGCCAACGACGCCUCCGCCAUCACGGGGGGGAGUUCCAGCAUCACGCGUAAUCAGGAUGCGAGUGCUGCGCACGCGCUCGAUUUCCCUCACCUCGACUUGGACUACCAGUACCACCACCACCACCACCGGCAGCCGCCUCUAUAUUCCGGAGAUGGGUCCCACUGCCACCCAGAUCCCCACCUAAUGUGCUUGAAGCUGGGCAAGAGGCACUACUUCGAGGAUACUUCCCUUCUGGGUGAUCGCCACGUGGCUGGGUUAUCGUCAAUAGGCAAGAGAGGCAAACCCUUUUAUAGUGGCGGAGGUGGUGGUGGGCCCUCCUCCUCAUCUUUGCCGGCGACUGUGCCGAGAUGCCAGGUGGAGGGGUGCCACGUUGCGCUUCUGAACGCCAAGGAGUAUCACCGGCGGCACAAGGUCUGCGACAUGCACUCAAAGGCUCCCAAGGUGGUGGUUCUAGGGUCCGAGCAGCGUUUCUGUCAGCAGUGUAGCAGGUUUCAUCCAGUCUCAGAAUUCGACGAGUCAAAGAGGAGCUGCAGGAGGAGAUUAGCAGGGCACAACGAGCGAAGAAGGAAGAGCGCGCAUGAUUCCGCCAACAGGAACUCUACUCAAGGUGGAGGAUUAUCAUACUUAUCAUCGCCGACAGGACGUGCUCUCUCUCUUCUGUCAUCUAAGACUGAUUCUUGGGUUUCUCCUGCUGAUCUCUCCUCUAGAUCCAGUGCUGCAUUAUGUGAAUUAAUAGCAGAACACCGUUCAGGCAUCUUGGCUCGGCAGCUCAGUUUGGAUCGAGACUGGUGCAACCAAAACCACGGAAUGGAGGACCUAGGAGAGAUCCAACCAAGGUCCUCCAAUUCCCUCUUAUCUCAUCAGCAGCACAUCAUGUUUCCCGAGCCACAUGGUUGGAACCGGUUCCAUGGAAGUGACACCCACGUGACAUUAGACCUCAUGCAGGCUUCUAGCUCGGCCUUUGGAUUGCUGUCUGUGAGGGAGAAAAGCAAGGAAGAGGAAGAAGAGUGUUCCAACGUAUGGAACUCCUUUCAUGGAGACCCUGUAGCUUGAUUUUUGUUCUUUGAUUUUGUAUCUUAUUAGCUUGAGGACAUAUGUAUAGAAGUCGUACUGUAGGAUGAUUGUUUGUCAAACUGUAUAAAUAUUCAUUUAUCGAUAUCGAUCGAGCGAGACCAAAUUUUGUAGGUUUAUCA